AUGACCGAUGGACAGAUGAGGGAGAGGCGGGAGGUGGCGCUCACGAUACAAGAAAACAGAGUUUCCACUGAGGAGGAGCAGCUGCCCUACCCGAACCUGGCCCCUUAUAUGUCCAUACUGAUGAUCCUGCUCAACUGUGUAAGUUUGGGCAUGUACGAGCCCGGUAAAGGGAAGAGCUACAAACUAGAGGUGUUCGAUUUCUUUGUCUUUGCAUUCUUUCUGGUGGAAACGACCAUCAAGAUGGUGGCCUUUGGAGUCUAUGGCUACAAAAACAGCUACCUUCCAAACAAAUGGAACAAGUUGGACUUCUUCAUCAACAUUGUAGAGGCGUUUGGAUAUUUUUUCAAUAUCCUUGGCACCGACUUUUUACUCUCUCAAGUCUUUGGACCGUUGCGACUGAUCAGCAGAGUACCAAGUGUGCGGGACGUAGUUACAGUUCUCAUAGACGUCGUGCCCAUGCUUGCAAUUGUUCUCGUCAUCUUCUUGUUUGUCAUCCACAUCUUUGCCGUGGUGGGAGUCCAGCUGUGGGCAGGCCAGCUGCGCAACCGCUGCUUCCUGGGAGACGACAUUCCCACAAAUAACAACAUGUCCCUUAGCCCAUACUUCGAGACCAUGUUUGAUGAAAAAGUCCCGUUUGUCUGUACGCGGGAAGGCAAGAGCGGGACGCAACACUGCCGAGAUAUACCCCCUUACCAAGAGAAUGGAGGAAACUGCUCAUUGGCUGCCCCCCACAAUGCCUCAGCUGCGAAUUGGGGAAUCCCUACAGUGGCUUCACACACCUGUAUAAACUGGCACUCUUUCUACAAUGUCUGUCGUGCUAGUGAGAAAAACCCCCACCGGGGAGUGAUCAACUUCGACAACAUCUUCUACGCCUGGAUAACCAUAUUCCAGGUUGUCACACUAGAAGGAUGGGCUGAGAUCAUGUUUUUCAUAAUGGAUGCUCAUUCCUUCUUGAGUUUUUUAUUCUUCAUGCUGGUCACCGUUAUGGGCUCCUUCAUCAUAGUCAACGUCUGCGCAGUCGUCAUCGCCACCCAGUUCUUGGAGAAUAUGAAACUGAAGUCAGAAGAGCCGAGUCCCGGUGCUGCGUGUAACGCUCUGCGUCUGCUCUGUCGAAGGUUUGCCUGUUGGCUGCGGAGGUUCAACAGAAGUAACAAGGUGCAACCCAAUGCCGGCCAAAAGGGAACUUUGGGAUCGAUUUUGAGACCCUUCAACAAGCACAUUCGGACGUUGGUUGAGAGCUCACAAUUCGACCAUGUGAUCAUGUUUGCUGUUUUCCUCAGUAUUAUCACCAUUGCAGUUGAACAUCAUAAUCAGCCUCCUAAGAUGACACACGUGUUACACAUCUGUAACAUCGUUUUCACAUUUGUAUUUUUUGUGGAGAUGACGUUAAAACUGAUCGCACUCUGCUUCAAAUACUUUUUUGAUCUGAACAACAUCUUCGACUUUGCCAUUAUUAUUGUCAGUGUGUGGGAGCUAAUUGCCCAAUCAGAUGGCAGGUUGUCAGUGCUGCAUGCUUUUCGUCUGCUGCGGUUUGUGAGGCUUCUUCACUUCCUCCCAUACCUGCUGAGACAGCUGCUGGUGCUGAAGAGGACCAUCGCCGAGGCAGGCCCGCUCUGCAUGCUGCUGCUGUUCUUCACUUUCGUUUGCAGUGUACUGGGUAUGCGUCUGUUUGGUGGUCAAUUCAUAUUCAAGGACCCUCAAGGAGAUAUAAUCAUUGAGCGAAAAAACUUUGACACCAUGCUCUGGUCCAUGGUCACUGUGUUCCAGAUUCUGACUCAGGAGGACUGGAACCUGGUGCUGUACAACGCCAUUACGGCUACCACGCCAUGGGCUUUCCUGUACUUUGUCACCGUCAUUAUGUUAGGAAAACAUGUACUUCUCAAUAUUCUCGUGGGCAUAGUGGUUCAGAGCUUCCAGGAAAAGGAGUCCUCAGAAUGCGAUCAAGACUCUUCUCGCGUUGACGAGGAUUUCAGCGACUCUGUAACCAGCUUCACCUCAGAGACAAAACCUUUGACCUGUAUCCAGCAAAUGCUCCACUGGUGCAAAGAACAUGAAGAGUGGGCAUUCUACGUCUUUUCUCCACAGAACAGGUUCCGAAUCUAUUGCCAACGUUUGAUCUCUCACAAGUUGUUUGACAACACGGUUCUCCUAUUCAUCCUGCUAAGCUGCGUCACCAUUGCUAUGGAGAGGCCUGCAAUACACGAUGAAAGCACGGAGCGAUGGAUCCUGAAUAUGUCGCGUUACGUGUUCUCCAGUGUCUUCCUGGUAGAGAUGCUCUUUAAGGUUGUAGCUCUCGGUGUGUUCUUUGGGAAGGACUGCUACUGCAGCUCUUCCUGGAACGUCGUGGAUGGUUCGCUGGUGAUUCUGUCGGUAAUUCAUAUCAUCAUCUCUCUGGCCAGUUCGGGCGAAAACAACAUGCUGGGCAUUCUCAAAGUUUUGCGCCUGCUACUGACACUUCGCCCACUGAGGGUGAUCAAGCGGGCCCCCAAAUUGAAGCUGGCUGUGGAUGCUUUGAUCACAUCCAUCAAACCCAUCGGUAACAUUGUUUUCAUCUGCUGCACCUUCUUCUUUUUCUACGGCAUCCUUGGGGUACAGCUGUUCCAAGGGAAGUUCUUCCACUGCUUGGGUCAAUACACAAAGCACAUCACCAACAAGUCUGACUGUCUCUCAGCCAACUAUCUCUGGGUGCAAAAGCCGUACAACUUUGACAGCCUGCCUCAGGCUCUGAUGUCCCUUUUUGUCAUGUACUCAAAGGACGGAUGGGUGAACCUAAUGUAUGAUGGACUGGAUGCUGUGGGAAUAGACCAACAGCCCGUGAGAAACCAUAACCAGUGGAUGCUUGUUUUUUUCAUCACGUUCAUGGUUAUGAGCUUCUUCCUCCUCGAUAUGUUUAUCGGUGUAAUGGUGGAGACCUUCGCCCAGUGUCAGCAGCAGCAAAAAAAAUAAAAUAAAGAGGAAGCAUCACAUGACCCGAGCAGGAGUAAGGAGCCUUUUAAACCUAAGAAGAUACCUACGCAGACUCCAUAUUACACAUACUACUCCCCGAUGCGUCGCUCCAUACACACUCUGUGUACCAGCGACUUCCUUGACGUCUUCAUGGCCGCCGUCAUUUUGAUGAGUGUCCUCAUCAUGGCCUUCCAACAUUACAAACAACCUCUGUAUAUAGAAAGGCUCACAGAGUAUUCGUACUAUGCCUUCACUGUCCUCCUGAUCAUUGAAGUCCUCUUGAAGAUUCUGGCGUUUGGCAUACGGAGGUUCCUCCGAAACAGUUGGAAUCAUCUGGACUUGGCGGUUGUCUUGGUUUCCGUCGCCAGCAUUGUUUUCAUUGGGAUAGAAAUGGCCGACUGGAUUCCCAUUAAUCCCAGCAUCCUGAGAGUCUGUAGAGUUCUCAGGCUAGCAAAAGUGCUGAAGCACAAGAAAAUAAGAGUCCUCCUGAAAACAAUUAUCAAGACGCUGUCACAGGUUGGGAGCAUUUGUCUUCUGUUCGCUUUUUUUUUCUUUAUAUACGCUGCGCUGGGAGUGGAGCUCUUCGGCAACCUAGAAUGUACCGAAGAGAAUCCCUGCCUUGGCUUACAUCGGCAUGCUAACUUUAAGCAUUUUGGCAUGGCCCUGCUCACGCUGUACCAAGUGUGCACCGGAGACAACUGGAGCGGGAUAAUGAAGGACACUUUGAGGGAGUGUCAUCCCACAGACAUCGAUUGUGUGACCUACCUCUCCCGGGUCUCCCCCAUGUUCUUCUCCUCCUUCGUGGUCAUGGCCCAGUUUGUACUGGUCAACCUGGUGGUGGCAGCCAUAAUGCAGGCUCUGGAGGACAGCAACGAGAGCAAUCCCACUAAUUUCUGUCUCCCCCUGGAGAAGGAGAAGGAGGAGGAGGAGGAGGAUCCGUCGGACAAUGCAGGCGCGCGUCUCCGGGGCAGUGUUGGUGUUUUAAGUAAUGAGUGAAUAUUU